UGCGGGUGACUAGUUCCCACUUGCCACAUUCCUCCUUUUUGUCUGUAUAUGUUCACUAAAAAUACAAAUCUAGGGUUUCAACUUUUCAAUUUUCUAUGUACUGUUUGCACUUUUGAUUCACAAUCAUCGUCCAGUUCAGAUGAAAGUUGUGUUUAAUCGAUUCAUCCUUGAGGAAUAUGGACGCAUCAUUUUCAGAUAAUCUCACAGGUUUCAUUCUCGCCGUCGUCUCCAGCGCCUUCAUCGGAUCCAGCUUCAUCAUCAAGAAGAAAGGUCUCCAGCGAGCCGCCGCGUCGGGGCCUCCAGCCAGUUCGGGUGGAUACGGGUAUUUAUUAGAGCCACUUUGGUGGAUUGGCAUGGUGACGAUGAUUGUUGGGGAAAUUGCCAAUUUUGUAGCCUACAUUUUCGCCCCUGCUGUGCUUGUAACGCCACUUGGAGCAUUGAGUAUAAUUGUUAGUGCUGUUUUAGCACACUUCUUACUGAAAGAGAAACUGCGUAAAAUGGGGAUAUAUGGGUGUGUUCUGUGUAUAGUGGGGUCUACACUGAUUGUUCUUCAUGCACCUAGUGAACAUAGUUUGAGUUCAGUCGAAGAAAUCUGGGAAUUAGCAACUCAACCAGCCUUUCUUUUGUACACGGCCUCAGCAAUAGCUGUAGUUUUGGUCUUGGUGUUGUAUUGUGAACCACGCUAUGGGCAGACAAAUAUAAUGGUUUAUAUUGGCAUAUGUUCCAUAAUUGGAUCUCUGACGGUUAUGAGUAUUAAAGCUAUAGGCAUUGCAAUAAAACUCACGUUGGAGGGUUCAAGCCAGGUAGCUCACUUCCAAACAUGGGUUUUUGCAAUGGUUGCUAUUACCUGUAUUAUCACUCAGUUGAAUUAUUUAAACAAGGCUUUGGAUACAUUCAACACAGCGGUUGUUUCUCCAAUAUAUUAUGCUCUGUUCACAUCAUUCACAAUUUUGGCCAGUGCCAUAAUGUUCAAGGAUUGGUCUGGUCAGAGUGCUAGCAGUAUUGUUUCAGUGCUGUGUGGAUUCAUAACUGUGCUUUCUGGCACUAUGGUUUUGCAUAGUACAAGAGAACCGGAUCCACCUCUUAUUACAGGCUUCAAGAGAGGGGUGCCAAGGAAGUGCGAGGAUUGUUUAUUCUAAAGGGGCUCCAAUGAUGGUAAGUUCUCAUUUAAAAUUUUUUUAUUCCUCUUUGGAGCCAAAGAAUGGCAUAGCCUUUACUCCAAAAGAAGUAUGAGGCUUGUUAGGAUACAUAAAAGUGGGUUUCUUAGCUUGGAAAGCAGUUUGGGAUAAAAUUCUUCCUUUACAUUAGCUUUAAUAGGAGAGGUUGGUCUUUGGUAAAUCAGUGUCCCUGACAAAGAAGAAUCCAUUGAUCAGAUUCUCUUACAUUAAGUUGAGACUAUAAACUGGUAAUUCUUGGAUGUGGAAGGCGGAAAAGGAGAAGAAAGAAAAGAUGGAAGAUGUUUAGGUUUUCUUCUUGUUAACUGUCCUAUACCUAUUCACCUAUUUAUAUUACUGCAUCUAAAAAAGAGAAGAUUAUCCCUAAUAUAAAUAUAACAAGAAUAAACUCUAACAUAGCAAUAGUACACUCUAACUGUACCCCUCAAGGUGGAGCAUAUAAAUUAAAUAUGCUUGGAUUGGAAUGCAAGCAUUGAAAGGUAUGAUGAGGCAAUGAUGUCAUAAAAUUGGUGACUAGGUAGUUAUCAGAUUAACUAUAAAGCAUAACACUGUACUUAGGCUUCAACAAAUCUUGGAUAAAAUAACAAUCAACUUCUGUAUGUUUGGUAUGCUCAUGAAAGACAAAAUUAGUAGCAAUAUAGAUAGUUAUUUGAUCGUCACAUUAUUUUCAUGAAUGGGAACAUCAACACCUAAGGGGGUGAACCAUAACAUUUCCAAAGCACCAUGAGAUAUAUCACAAUGCUGAAUUUCAACUCUAGAAUGUCACUACUGAUUGUGCUUCUUAAUGUGCCAAGUAACAAGAUUACCUCCAAGAAAGAUAUAUUAGGGCAAAAGAACCUGGAGGAGCCACGGUGGAGCUUUUCCUUGAAGAGGACCUUAAUAGCUGAAAUUCAAGAAUAAUUAUUAGCAACAAUAGUAGGGUCUCACUAGCAAGAAUCAGAUAUUUAAAACCACGUAAAUUAGAGUUCAAAUCUCAUAGCAAGGAAACAAUCACAAACUCCUCCCAAUGCCUAUUUUGUUACUCUAAAUCAGUAGUCAAAGGCUGAUUUUGCAGUAACUGAUCUGACAAACUUUUGAGAGUAAUAUGAUAUUCAGACAAUAUAUUUCUGGAUUGCUCAGUCGAAAGAAUUUUAUCCUACAACUCAAACUCGAGGAGCAUCACUCUAUUGCAAAAUGACUUCAGAAGCAAAUCAGAAAUCUUUUUAAGAGAAUUACAAAAUUUGAUGAGUAGCAAUGUGGGGUUCCAUAUUAUGCCCUAUGUAAGGACCAAUUUGAACAAAAAAACAAUAACCAAAAUAGUCCCAAAUCCAGAAAGUCCAAACAUUGAGGCUAAAAUUCUGAAAAUCAUAAAACAAUAGAAAAGUUUAGACAAACAACUUAAACCUCUUAGAAAAUAUCACU